AUGAUAAAACCCUCACCAUAAAUCCCUUCCCGAUAACUAUAUAUAUAAAGGGGGGGGGGGAGGCGAUCAAGGUUGAUAGAGCGUAAAAUAGAGGUUUAAAAAUUGGUAUAGAAAGAGGAAAGGAAUCCAUGGCGGAAAGCAGAGGCUCUAAGAAGAGAUGGCUUCCUCUUGAAGCUAACCCUGAUGUUAUGAAUCAGUUUCUUUGGGGUCUUGGUGUUCCACCGAAUGAGGCAGAGUGCUCUGAUGUUUAUGGGUUAGAUGAAGAACUUCUGGAGAUGGUGCCGAAGCCAGUGCUUGCUGUUUUAUUUCUUUAUCCUCUCACAUCACAGAGUGAAGAAGAGAGAAUAAAGCAAGACAGCGAAACAAAGGUGCAGGAUCCCAGUAGUACAGUUUACUUCAUGAAACAAACAGUGGGAAAUGCAUGUGGAACAAUUGGCCUUCUUCAUGCUAUCGGGAAUAUCACCUCUCAGAUAGAACUUACCGAGGGGUCAUUCUUGGACAAAUUCUUUAAAACAACUUCAAGCAUGGACCCAAUGCAGCGUGCCUUGUUCCUUGAAAAUGAUAGGGAAAUGGAAGUUGCUCAUUUGGUGGCAGCUACUGCUGGUGAAACUGAGGCUACAGAUGAUGUGAACACUCAUUUCAUCUGCUUCACCUGUGCUGAUGGACAACUCUAUGAACUUGAUGGAAGGAGGGCAGGACCUAUUACACAUGGUGCAUCCUCUCCAAACAGCUUAUUAAAGGAUGCAGCAAGAGUUAUCCAAAAUAUAAUCGAGAAAAAUCCAGACUCAAUCAACUUCAACGUUAUUGCUAUUUCGAAAAAAGUUUAGACCAAUGCCUGAUGUGGAGGCUUUUAUGGCUCUGAGAUGUUUAAACCAAUGCUUCUGUGCAGACUUGAGAUUUUAGCUUUCCAUAUUUCUGCUUUUUCCAGUACAAUGUUUCUUCUUGUUGGUAACGCAUAUAUUAUUAUAUUUGCAAUCAUGAGUUGUUUGUGAGAAA